CCUCGGGGGUCCCAUGUAGGCGACCUCCCCUCCCCAGCCCCCCAAAAUGAUGCUGAGCCCGGAGCAGCUGGCCGACUCGGACCAGCCCAGCUCGGCCCCCUCGGAGCCGGAGUCCCUGGGCGGGCCCGACCCCAAGGCCCCGGGCGGCCUGUCGGACCCGGAGCCGGCCGGAGGCGAGGAGGAGGAGGAGGAGGACGAGGACGACGACGAGGAGGAGGAGGAGGGCGAGGAGGGCGGGGGGGCCGGGGGAGGGGGCGUCCCGGGCGGCCGCCCCCCCGGCCUCUGCCCGCACCCCCAGCAGCUGAGCCGGGAGGAGAAGCGUCGGCGCCGGCGGGCCACGGCCAAGUACCGCUCGGCCCACGCCACCCGGGAGCGCAUCCGCGUGGAGGCCUUCAACCUGGCCUUCGCCGACCUGCGCAAGCUGCUGCCCACCCUGCCCCCGGACAAGAAGCUCUCCAAGAUCGAGAUCCUGCGCCUCGCCAUCUGCUACAUCUCCUAUCUCAACCACGUGCUGGACGUCUAGGGGGCCGCCCGGA